CAUGACCAGUAUCUUCGAAUAUGGCGGAGGGAGUGGAGGUGACGUUCUUCGACCUGAGAGUAGUUCACGAUCACUUUGAUCGUGCCCUCAUAGAAGAUGACGAUGUCAACAUGAGGGCUUAUCUCGAUGCCUACAAUGAACUUUACAAGUUCUUUCAACUAAUGGGAAGUGUCUUCAGUUUUGUUUCCGCCGAUUUGAAGCAGAAAAUUGAUAUUCUAAAUGAAUUAUUGAAUAAAGAAGAGGAGAAGUAUCAAACAGUGAAGUCAAUGAUCGAGCAUGAGAAGGAGAAUAAAUUAUUGAACAAGGGAGAUUACUCUAAUGGGGCUAGGACCCUGCUGAGACUUCACAGAGGACUUGAUUUUAUUAGAGAAUUUUUGAGGCAAUUGGGGGAUCUCUCCGAUGCUGAUAAGACAUCGAGCUGUUGUCAGGAUGCUUACAACAAAACCCUGGCCAAGCAUCAUCCAUGGGUCAUAAGGAAAACAGCUGUUGUUGCUAUGUACACCAUGCCUACCAGGGAAACACUGCUCAGGAAGGUAUGUGGAGACAAUGUUCAACGUAAUGUUGACGUUCUGCCAAAAAUGUUGGAAGUGACUGCCGACAUAUUCAACCGUACACACAGUCUCUACGAUUUCCACGAGCUUCACGAGUUACCUUGAAAGUAUUGCGAUAAUUUAAAAAGCAUUUGAAUUCAUAUCAGUGAAGAAAAAUGGAAAUAUGUACUUAUGAUUGUUGGCAGUGGACGGAAGGAUGAAAUUCCAACAUUUUACAGCUUCAAAGGCUAUUGAAAAGUCCGAAAUGUCCACUUUGCCCCCACCUCCGGUAGCUUUAUUAAGCUUUUGUAUUUAUUUUUAGAGAAUCAAUUUAAAAUACCAUUCCAGAAGUUGGAAAAUGUUUUGUAACAAUCGAUGAAUUUCAAGUAACAUUAUGUGCUUCGUGUAAUUUUUUCGGUAGUGUGCAAUCGUAAAAUGUAUUCUGCACUUUUAUGUAAAUUUUUUAAGAUUAUUCCAUAAAACAAGCUAUUGCGACGGAAAAUAAAACUCAUCAGGAUAUAA